AUGUUGCAAUCACUUUAUGCAGGAAAUAAUUUGCUCAAGACGAGAGGAAUUCAAUUGAAAUCAAACAUUCAUCGUUUGGCCUCUCGUUCUGCUCCCAUUAUUUCAAGGAACCUCCCUGUCACUUUCUAUCCCACUCGCCAGUUCUCAUCUACAUUGAGUCCCAACAAUCAGACAAAUGAACCAGUAGCUGUUACUAGAAACACUGUCGGAACGAUUAAAAAAAACAAACCUCUUUUUUCUGUCCAUGACGAUAUUCCACAAAAAUUGGCUAGUUAUGAAGCCCUCGGUGAUGUCGAAGGAGCCUUCAACUAUGUAAAGGAACUCCAUGCCAAGAAUUUGGCUACUAAAGAAAUUUACGAGCGCCUGGUGACUCUCUUGAGUGAGAACCCUACAGAAAUCGCCAAGAUUAAUUAUGUCCUCAAUUGGUUCACCCAAAGCUCACGCUCAAAAAACAAAAAAAUACUGGAGGAUAUUGAUCUGUGGUGUAAAGUAAUGGGACUUGGCUUUAAGUUAAAGGGAACUAGUAGAGAACAAGCUCUCAGAAUGUACCUCCAAGCAUUCGAAGCCACUUUCCCUUAUUCAAAACUUACAACCCAAACAGCAUGGGUAACAAAAAUCAGGGCCCAUGGAAUUCUUUGUCAGCCUUUAAAAGUGACAGAAUGCUUGAAAGAAAUCAAAGAUUCCCCAAAAGCCUUGGAAGCUGUCGACGAAAAACAGAUCUUUGAAUAUGCUAUAUUAGCUUAUGCAAAUUGCCAAAUGACUGAGCUUGUCGACAAACACAUGCAACUUUUCAAAGACACACCACCCUCAAAGGAUAUGUUAAAGAGUCUGACACUCACAAAUGCGUUCCGUGGAAAUAUCGAAGCUACAAAGAAAUAUUCUGAUUUAACCGAGCGAAUCUAUCCUUCUGUCGACCUCACGUCCGUACGAUUAUUGUCUUACCAGCGAGAUUUAGUUGCCCAGUACAAGAAUGAAGCUAGAAUCCGGGGUACUCAUAAUGCUCCCUUAAAUUUGGACCAAGAUAAGGCAGCAGCCUGGAACGAAUUGGCUGAGAGCCUUAUGAAUGACGAUAAAAGACCCUUGAACAUUAACGAAUGUAACAAUAUUGUCGGAUACUUGGCAACUGCCAACUCUCUUGACAACAAGCAGUUCCCUAUGGAAAGAGCACAGGGCUUUGUGGAUAACUACAUGACCAAACACUCUAUUCAGCCCAAUGAAACGACAUACAGCUACUUACUGACUGGUUAUGCGAGAACACAUGAAUACAACGAUGGUGCAAAGAAUUCUCGCCUGGAUAAGGCGCUCGAAACCCUUCAUUUGAUGCUCAGCAAAAACCUCAGUGUUGUUAACCAUCGUAACUUCAGUGCGCUUUUAAAGGCAUGUAUUCCUCACAAGAAUGAAAACUACAUCUUCGAUUACUUCCGGUACAACUCAGCUGUGAAGACUAGUUUUCAAAACCAGAAAUUAAAGAAGAUCUUUUUGGAUAAACGCUUCUUUGAAAUUGAAAAGUUGAUGCUGGAGUACGAUGUCAAUUAUGAUCGUUACACAUUCAUGAACAUGAUGACUUGUCUGGGUGGAUCAGGCCUCUAUAUUGCCUUGUGGAAUCGCUGGGGCUUGACAAAGAAAUAUGGUAUUAAGCGCGACGCUGCUUUGUACCAGCAUAUGCUUGCACUUGCUGCUCGUGAUUCGGAACAAGCCAGAUUUGCCCUGGCUACAGUUAAGAGCGAGUUGGCUCGUGAUAUUGGGCAAGAUAAGAUGACCAAACCAUUAUAUUUCUCUCUUCUCGAAUGCUCUGUUUCCGCACAAAAUACCACUAUGACUGGCCAAAUCAUUGAAACGCUCCGUAAAGAUUUUGAACUGACAACAGAAGACUACAACACUCUGAUACGGUCUAGUGCCUUUUUAGGCGACGCUUCAUCCAAGGUUGAUGAUAUCUUGGAGGAAAUGAAGAAAAAGAACAUCCAGAACAAUACUCGGACAUGGUUAAAUCUUCUUUCCAACCAAAUCCUUGCCAAGGCCGAGCACAACCAAAUCCAAAAAACAUUUAAUGACUACUCGAUGUACCGCUUUGAGGAAUAUGGAAAGGUGCCUAUUCCAAUCCGGAAGCAGGCAAAAACGGUACCUUUUCCUACUGGUCCCUACACUGGUGUAGACCAACAGAUUAUCAAUGUGUACCUGGCUUCCUUGGUAGACCAUCAGGACCUAUCUCUCUUGUUUGGCAUUUUGAGAACAUCGGAAGAGCAAGAACUUCCAAUCCGACUUACCGUGAAUACAAUUAAUUGGAUUAAAAAUCUGGCUCAGAAGGAAAAGAGUAAGGAUGACUUGGCUUGGUUCAUCAACGAAAGCAAGUUGGGGAAAAUUAUUAAAGAAUAGAUAUUAGACACACGCAAAUAAAUUAUAUAAAAUGUAUCAACUACAAUAGUAUAUAAUACUCCUUGGCUGUAUAAAUAAAAAUAAGAAUAAAAUAAAAUAAAACAAAACAAAAAUCACAGUAAA